GAAUGACUAGAUAAGAUUACUUUUGUCGAUGCAAUGACAAAAAGUAGACACAAUGAGUCAUCUUGAUCUUUACAUCAGUCUUCCUCACACGAGACUCUUUCAGAAUGUGAAAUUCCCUGAGGUCCAGCGGGAUAAAAGGGAUCAGUGCUCGUCAAGAAUAGACGCAAAAAGGCCAAGAAACAGGGGGUGGUGGGGUGGUGGGUGGUUGUUGUUGGUGAUGGUAUGGGGUGGUCAAGCAAGAUAAAACCCACCUGAUCCUCAUAUGACAAGGGAAAGGCCUUCAGCACUGAUAAAAAUAAGUCACUCAGAAUAUAGAGGCUUUAGGAUAAUUAAAAUUGUCAUAAUUGAGGAUUUGACAGUUGGUGGUGCAGCACAUGACAUAUUGGAGUAAGUCACAAGUGACACAGAAUGCAGAAGCGGUCAAGCAUCACUUCCAGGUGACGCUCUUUUGCUCGGCGACUAAACAACCGAGCGUCUCGAUGGCAUCGUAGAGAACACAAUGUGUGUCUGGAUUCUGUUACCAGGAAGUGGGUCGGGUUAUUUAUAUUUCACCACUCGUCCUCGACACCAGUGCUCAGAGGAAGUAACCUGAAACUUUGAAAUUCAAACAUUUUUAGACGGCCUGUGACUCGCUCUGAGGAAAGAAGAGGAGUAAUAAGAAAAGACGUUGAUGUGCCAAAAAAAAAAGAAAGAAAAAGAAAAGGAAAAAAAGCUACAUUUAAUGAGUCUGCGAAAGUGACCCCGCUACUCAGCAUUGGCAGAGUGUUGUUAUGAAGCUCCACAAGAAGAUUUUGACUCAUUACCAAUCCUGCACAUCACCGGUGGAUAAGGAAGGAUAUCUGUCCAAAAAGAAACAGCGAAAUGGUUCCUACCAUCGGCGCUGGUCCGUCCUGAAAGCCAACCUGCUCUUCUACCAGGAGCGGCCCGCAGACCGCCAUCUGCUCGGCGUGAUCGUGUUGGAGGGAUGUGAUGUACGGCGGGCAGACGCCGACGGACGCUUCGGCUUCUGUUUGCUCUUUCAGGGGCCCGAACCAAAGAGCUACCAGUUUGCCGCAGGGGACGAGGUUACUCUGGAGAGCUGGUUGCGGGCUUUGCGAUCCGCCAGCCACAGCUACUUGUCGCUGCUGCUACAAAACCUGCAUAUCCAAUAUCAAGAAGUCAAGCAACAUCAAGGCUCCGGUGACUCCUCCCCCAGCAACUUGAACCUCGGACCAGCACCAUCACCACCGCCACCAUCAUCAUCAUCAGGUUUAUGGUCGUCAUCAGUAAUCAUCAAAAAGUCACCCAAGCCGUGGCACAAGUGGAACACUCAUGUCACACCCUUGAAUGUGCCGACGGUGCCGUCAUACGCCGAGUGGCCCCUGGUGGGUUCCAAUCCGCAGGAGGAGUUCCGCGUGCUGCACGAGCUUUACGGGCAAGAGAUUAAGAAGGCUCGUGAGCGGUGGCUGACCAGUCGGCAGCCACCGGAAGAGAACAUCCAAGAAGAUCUUAUCGACCUGACGUGAAGAAAGAAUGAUUCUUUAGGAGGAAGUGAGAUGA